AUGACCGUCGAUGACAUCGUGUGUCGAGUGGCUGAUAUCCCUGAGCAAAUCAUCACGCAGUUCGGUCCGCGCCAGAUCCGGGCCGAGUCGGCGAUGGUGAGGAGGUACAACGGCAGCACCGGGGCAGCGCCUUUCGACUCCCUGCAGGUGGCUGACAUCGGGGACGUGAACGUGAACCUCUACAACCUGCCCGACAGCUGCCGCCUCGUCCGAGAGUCCUACCAGAAGAUAGUGGCCUCCGGCUGCGUGCCCCUCACCUUGGGUGGAGAUCACACCAUAACGUACCCCAUCCUGCAGGCCGUGGCAGAAAAGCACGGUCCCAUCGGACUGGUGCACGUGGAUGCUCACACCGACACCGGAGACAGAGCCCUGGGGGAGAAGAUCUACCACGGGACCCCGUUCCGGCGCUGCGUGGAGGAAGGGCUGCUGGACUGCAGCCGCGUGGUCCAGAUCGGCAUCCGAGGCUCCUCCUAUGACCCCGAUCCUUACAAGUACUGCCGGGACCAGGGUUUCCGUGUGGUCCCGGCUGAAGACUGCUGGAGGAAGUCGCUGAUGGGGGAGGGGAGGAAGCAGAUGGGGGACAAGCCGGUGUACAUCAGUUUCGAUAUCGACGGACUAGACCCCGCGUACGCCCCGGGCACCGGGACGCCGGAGAUAGCCGGGCUCACGCCUGCGCAGGCUUUGGAGAUUAUUCGUGGCUGCAAAGGACUGAACGUAGUGGGGUGUGACCUUGUAGAAGUUGCACCGAUGUACGAUGUCUCUGGUAACACAGCCCUCCUGGGGGCAAACCUGCUGUUCGAGAUGCUCUGCGUUCUUCCCGGAGUGAAGACAACGUGA